UUCCAGCCCUCAAGCAAACACGUUAUAUCACAUGUGUCCGUCACGCACCUUCCAGCACCGCGUGAACACUCCAGCAUCUAUAAAACCACCCUGCACGCGCCUCAACUAAGCAUAUCCCACGAACGCUCAUAUGUCGAACACCCAACCCUCGCUCAGCCGCGCCCAAUACCUCGCCAACAAUCUCGGCCGCGUCAUUCUCACCAGCGCCUCAGAAUGCUCCAUCUGCCAGGAACCCUAUUCGGACGAAGCCCCCAAGCAGCCCGUCAUCCUCCCUGAGUGCGGCCACAUUUUCUGCCGGUCCUGCAUCACGGCCUGGUUCGCCAGCGGCGGGCGCAACGCUAACACAUGCCCCGUGGACCGCAGAGUACUGUUCCAGAAUACAGCGGACCCUCCGACAUCCCUUCAAACGCGCCCUCAGGAACUCCCUUUUACGUCCCAUCAAGCAUUUCCUUCAGGACUCGGUGGAGGACUCCCUUCAGCACCCCGUCCAGCACACACUCCAACGCGCUUUCAAGCACCUCCUCCAGCACCAUUCCAGUCGGAUGUGGCAGACGACGUGCGUGAAUGGCAAAUGGAAUCUAUGUUUGGGGAUUGUCCGACGCUGAGGAUCGACGAGACGCUGACGCACGCCGGGUGUCGAAUUGUGGUGACAGGGCUGCAGUUUUCCACUGCGGAGAUGCUGUUUGAGCUGGACCGCUUCUCGGGAGUGCGGGACGUUGGGAAUAUUGAUGUCGAGCUGGUGAGGAGCUGUAUCCAGGGGAAUAUUCCGUUUGGUGCGAGACUGUCGCAAGAGUGCUGGGACGUGCUCUAUGGGCAUGCACGGUGGAUGCUGGCGUGGCAUCGUAUGAACGGGUGUGCUCGCUUCAGUCAUACGGAAAUGGAUGGUGGAGAUCUUGAUGAUAUGGUUGAUGAGUUGUAUGCAGCGUCUAUUCGUGCCAGGUGGUAGGUGCUUGCUAUUCUUUAGAGGGGACCGAGGCUCAUUCAUGGUCAUUCAUUGGAUAUCUCAGAGGGAAGAAGCAUGGAA